AAGCUAUUAUAUACAAGUUAUAAUAUUAACAAAACAUUAAACCAUUCCGGUUUACGUCUAAUAGAAGCAUAAUAAAUCCAUUUGCUGCCAAGCAAACAACCGAAAAGAAGAAGAAGAAGAAGAAGAAAGUUAAGAAAGAAAAUGAAGUGUUCAGGGAGAAAGGCUCUCCAGCCCAGAAACAUCUACCUUGUCCCAGCAGCAGAAACUCUAAAGAAGCCCAAAGAUGAGCUGCUUUUUUCCAAGGAGAAACUUCCUCUUCCCGUUCCGGUUCCGGUGGUUGAAUCGAUGGACGCUUCUCUUGCGGAGGAGCUGAGCGCCGUCAAGAAGAAACUGGAGAGGCUGAGAGAAGAUGGGGAGAGGACAGAGAAAUUGCUGGAGGAGAGGGAAGGGGCCAUGGAAGUGCAGAUGAAACAUCUCCUGGAGAGAGGAGAGAUCCAGAAAAGGCUUGAAAUCCAGGUCGAUCGUCUCUUUAGGCUAAAGGAGCUCCACGCCUUUUCCUCCAAAAUAUCCCCGGUCCGAUCUCUGAGAGCGAAAGAGCAGGAGAAGAGGAAACGCUUGAGCUUCGAACCGGAAGAAGAUAGCUCGGUCGAGAUAGAUUAGAUGACGAAGAAGCAAACAACUAGGCCAGGCCCACCUUUUGAUUGAUUGAUUCUCUCCUUCUGAUUUUUGUAAUGCCUUGUUACUACACAAUCCCCUUUUUAUCUUGGGCCCUUUCUCUCAUCCAUAGGCCCAAUUUUUAUUUCAUCUUUGCUCUCUCUCUCGCGCUUUUAUUUUUUUCUCUACUAAAAAACACCAGCCUUUGA